AUGGACAUUUGCACCUGCACUGUUGUUGAAAGGAUUGGUAGCGAUGCCGAAUACGAUGACAAACUAUUCCACCGGGUAAUUGAAGCCAGUCCUUUGACAGAAGAUGUCAAGAAUCUUCCGGCUGGUAAUAUGCCUGAAAUUGGCUGUAACGGUGUCAAUCUGUCAGGCGGUCAAAAGACUCGGCCGGCUUUAGCAAGUGGCAGCACAAUAAGCAACAAAACACGCAUUUUGGCCACUCACGCCGAGCACCUGGCUUCGUUCAAUAACAAAGUCAUUACGCUUGAUGAUGGCUGUGCUAGAAUAGUUGAGCAGACACCAGCACAGUUUGAAGCAACCAUUGUAGCAAAUACUGAUGAAUUGGGCACUCCAGAGACAUUUGAAAGUUCAGAUAUUGGCAGCACCAGUGAUAUAGAUAAUUCGACAAAUGAUAAGGGCACUUUCACAAUCCGCCCUGAAAAUGGCGGCAGCUCAACCCUAUAA